AUGACCACAACCAAUGUCCAGGACAGCUACCAAGGCUCAUAUCGGGCCGGGACGAUCGCGAUGACUGCCCUGGGCGUUGUGUUUGUGAUUUUACGGUUUUUGGCACGGUGGAAGAAGUCCCUGCAGCCAGGUCCCGAUGAUUAUGUUAUCCUGGCUGCUUUGGUUCCUUUCUUAACUCUCGUUGGAUUGAUGUUAGCCUUAGUCAAUUAUGGCAUGGGGACACAUUCGGAGACCCUUCCGACGGGAAAUAUUAUAAUGAUUGCGAAGCUCCUGGUGAUAUUCGAGUGCAUCUACGUUACAACAAUAGCGAUCACCAAAGUUUCUAUUCUGCUCAUGUACUGCCGCAUCUUCCCCACGAGAGAAAUCCGCGUUGCCUCGAUCAUCUUGGGUGGGAUAUCGAUCGCGUGGGGCAUGGCUAUUAUCCUUGUGAGCGUUUUCCAAUGCACACCGAUUGCGCGAGCUUGGGAUACCCGUAUUCCCGGCACCUGUAUCAACCUCAAAGCCUCGUUUAUCGGAAACGCAGUACCUAACAUUAUCACCGAUAUUCUCAUUCUGUCUCUCCCGGUACGGGUGGUAUGGGGACUACACGCAAGUAUCACGCACCGAUUGUCCGUCAUUGGAAUCUUCCUGUUGGGUAGUUUCGUUAUCUUCACUAGUGUCUAUCGUUUUACUACCCUUUUUCAGUUCAACCCAACGGAUAUUGCCUGGACACUCGGAAACUCUUGCACCUGGUGUAUCGUUGAAUCCUCAACGGGUAUUAUAUCCGCCUGUAUGCCGACCCUGCGUCCGCUAUUCUUGAUGGUUUCAUCCAAAUUCUCCAGCCAGUCUGGCACCCAAAAAACACGAACGACCGAUGUCAACCGUUCUACAGGUUAUGAGUUGGACAAUUCUACCCUACGGCCGGCCAAUGAGCCGCGUAAUAAAAUGAAAGUACGUCUGGAUGUGUCCCAUGCCGACGAUGGGUCUGAGGAUAAGGUACCGUUGAAUGGAAUCCGAGUUCAACAGGAUAUGACCUGGCAAGAGUCCAGGGGUGAUUCCUUUCAAGGAUAUAAAUAA